AUGACGUCCGCCGCGACACCCUCGAAACCACCUCAGCAACCCCCGCAGCAGCAGACCAGCCCUCCGCAGCAACAUGUUCAAGCGCCAACAAACCCUACGUCCCCGCCAAGCAAGCGGGAUCUGAAGUCGUGGUGGAAGAGGUUCCAAACCCAGUCAAAACACCAUGACACCCGAGGUAAGGCUGCGACGGACACAAUUGACGGACAAAGCCACCCAAGCAUCUCAAAUGAGGCACUGCCUGUCCAUGUGGGGGGUGCAUCAGCAUGGCUAACGUGGUUCUUCUCAGAAACGCGACCUCCGGGCAUCUUUGGCGUGCCUCUACGGCAGAGCAUCACAUAUGCCAACGUCGCAAUCUCUCUUGUGGACGAUGACGGGAAGAGCUACAUCUACGGAUAUGUACCCAUUGUCGUUGCCAAGUGCGGUGUCUUCUUGAAAGAGAAAGCUACGGGGGUUGAGGGUAUCUUUCGUCUCAGCGGGUCAGAGAAACGGAUCAAAGAGCUAAAGCUAGCAUUCGACUCGCCAGAUCGUUAUGGAAAGGGCCUGGUCUGGGAUGGUUACACGGUUCAUGAUGCUGCUAAUGUCCUUCGCCGUUACCUGAACGACCUGCCGGAGCCUGUAGUUCCACUGGAACUGUACAAGAAAUUCAGAGAUCCUCUCCGUGGACACACGAGGCAAGCUGUAGGCGACACCGAAGGCACCCAGUUGGUGGAGAACUUCAACGAAAUGGAGGCCAUCACCAAGUACCAAGCCCUGAUCAAGGACCUACCGCCUCUCAACCGACAACUGCUUCUCUACAUCUUGGAUUUGCUGGCAGUCUUUGCCGCUAAGGCUGACGAGAACCGCAUGACGGCCCAGAACUUGGCGGCCAUCUUUCAGCCGGGCAUGCUGUCGCACCCAGCCCAUGCCAUGGCCCCCGAGGAAUACCGUCUUAAUCAAUGUGUUAUCAUCUUCUUGAUAGAGAACCAAGAUCAUUUCCUGAUCGGUAUGCAGGGUACUGCAGCAGACGAGAAGACGAAGCAGGACAUUGAAAACGGCACCCCGCCCAUCGUCUCGCCUUCGACGCCAAGUCGAAAGUCGGGGGUCGCCAGGUCAGCCUCCAGUGCGAGCGCCGGUGCCGAGAGCGUCAGCAGAGAUGGCAAGAUCCGACGGAAUCGCUCCACGUCCUCGCGGCAUUCCCGGCACUCGAACGGUGCUUCAACACCAAACAGCCCAGCAUUGGUCUCGACUGCCAGCGGCGGACUUGCUAGAAGCAACACUGUCCCAUCCAAAAAGUCGCCCAACAUCGCCUCGGCCCGCUUCAACCGACACGACUCGCCUGCUGUGGCGAUUGCACCCGCCUCGCCUUCACCCAUUGGCCUGAGUCUUGCUCCUCCGUCCACUGUAAGUGAAGAAGCGGCCCCCGCCUCAGAGCGACAUUCUCCUGCAACUUCAAGUGUGACGCCCAUGGUGUCAGGCUCGACUUUGAUGCCUAUACCCAGCGCAGCGGCCCGAAGUCAGGAGGGACUUUUAGAGCCAACCUUGGAAGCCGCGACUCCGGCCAAGGAAAGGGCUGCGCUGCAGAAUCUUUUCCAGCGCUCGCCUACUUCCGACAGCGAGAAACGGCAGCCGAAUAAGCUCCGGAAAAAGAGGAUGCCCGGGAGUGCUAACCCUAGUGCGCAAAGCUCAACCGCGUCCCUGACAGAUUCCGGAGCGAUUUCCCCAGCCGUCGAACCGUCUAGUCAACCGGAGAAGACGGCUUAUUUAGAGCAAUCCGUGCCCGAGAACGCGCCGUUGACCGAGACUCCGUCUGAACCUACUCCAAGAGCUUCUCAGGUCCCCUCGGUCCCUUCGGCGAGUGCAUUCCCCGCGCCCGCAUCGGAAAGCAAUAGGUCUCUGAAGCCCAAGAAUUCACCGUCGACAUCACUCCAUUCCUCGUUCAACGAAGGCUCCGACCUAGACCAGGUGGAAGAUACCCUCCCCGCGCCUACAUUAACUACCAGCGAGCAAGCAGACAAGGAGAAGAAACGACGUUGGAGGAUAUCUCGAAGAAAGGAGGAAAUGAUACCAACCUCGCCGGCUCAGAAUCUGGGUGCAAAUAGCCAUGCGGAAGCGAGCACUUCAUCUAUAGGCAGUGGCGGACAUCGCCCUAGAAAAUCGUGGACUGGUGAGUCUUCAGACGUAGCUGCGACUAUAGCAGAGAGCGAGGCCGGAAGUCGGGACACAAGGGAUGAAUCUCGAGGGCCCCUUGGCUGGAUUAAGAGCAAGUACAGAGAGGCCAAAGAAAACGCCGACCACAAGCGGACCAAGUCCCCUCCAGGGGAAAGCGGCCACGGGUCCCAUGGAUCCCAUGGGUCCAUAUCUUUCAGAGGAAAGAGCCUCGACAUUAAGAGAAGCAAUGAGGAGAAAAGAGGCGCACAUCCAUCACAGAUGCCUGCAGACAUCCCUCUACCAAUGUCCCCACCACCGGUGCCUAGGACGCACGACGAAAGGCCGAGAGCUCCUUAG